AUGCCGCCCUGCCCAGCCCUGCUCCUGCUGCUCCUGGCCACCAGCACCCUGCCUGCCCGCAGCUCCCCCGCCCAGCCCAGCUGCCUCCACUUCUCCGAGCUCCUGCCUGCAAAGCUCAGAGAGCUGAGGAUCAAGUUUGAGGAAAUUAAGGAUUAUUUUCAAUCAAAAGACGAUGAACUUAGCAUCCAGUUGCUCAGCUCUGAACUGCUGGAUGAAUUUAAGGGAAGCUUCGGGUGCCAGUCGGUGUCGGAGAUGAUGCAGUUCUACAUGGAGGAGGUCCUGCCCAGCGCCAUGAGGACCAGCACCCACCACCAGCAGAGCAUGGGCGACCUGGGCAACAUGCUGCUGAGCCUGAAGAAAAUGAUGAGGCACUGUCACAGGUUCUUCACGUGCGAGAAGAGGAGCAAAACCAUAAAGCACAUUAAGGAGACGUUCGAUAAGAUGAAUGAGAACGGAAUCUACAAGGCCAUGGGAGAGUUUGACAUUUUCAUCAACUACAUCGAAGAGUACUUGCUGAUGAAGAAGAAUUGAAAGCACCCCCCCUGGUUUGCAUCUUUCGCACAAAAUCCUGCUAUUUUUUCAGAAAUCACUUUAGGCUGCAAAAACACAUGACAGAUUAAGUUAUCCUAGGGUUCAAGUCAAGAAUUACAGGUCAAUAACUUCUAGUUUAGUAUUAUAUUUAAAAGUUAUUUUUUUAAGCAACUGAAUUUAAUAUUUAUUACUUCUGUUACCUCAGUGUCUAUGUUUACAAUAUGUUUUGAAGAAAAGUGUGAUGAGCUUGUAAAAUACUAUUUAUUGUUCAAUAUUUUAAUACUGUUUAUGAUAAUGCUAUUUUAUUCAUAGCUUCAAAACACCCAAAGCAGCAUUCUUCUGGGGAGCAGCUACUGAGCAGAGUUUAUUCUGAGUGCAGUUUCACUGAGCACAGUCACCUGAGCGGGAGCAAUCUUAGCUCUGUGUCCAGCAAAGUUUAAUUUUAAGCGAGCGGUCUCCUCAUGCUCUAUUCCUCUAUUUAUUUAUGCCAUCAAAUGUUUUUGUGUCACUGUCUCUAGUUCUGUGAUUGGAAUUAGACACUGAAAUAUUCAAAAUUAUUCCAUGGCCUUGCACUGAGCAAAAUAACCAUCAAUGUAACCAAAGGCUUUUUUUUUACCUGUGCAUGGAAAACAACGUGGAGGAGGACCUGCACUCCCAUGAACUACCUGCAAUCAUGCCACAGCAACAGAUCAGUUAAUCCCACCUCUAGACUUCAGUCUAUAUAUUAGUCCAGAUUAAAGGAAAAAAUAGUAGUAGAAAGGAAAUGUUUGGUUCUAAUAGAACCUGAUUUAAAUGUUACUAAUGAUGGACUUCCAGAGCUGCUGGGUCAGCCACUCUGCACUUUCAAAAGUUAAUCUUACUAUUUUCCAGUCUUUGAUUGGGUUUGACUUGCUGUUUUGUUGGGGUGUUUUUCCUUUUAGAAGUUAGAAGAUAUUUAAUUAACCACCAUUUUAAGGUGGCUUGGGUAAUUUGCAUUCAAAUUCAUAAAGCUGCAUGCA